AUGGAGACGGUACAAUGCAUAUACGAACAGCAGCAAUGCCAACUGAUGGGACUCGCUAGUGUUGUGCAGUGCAUGUCCAAGCAGAAGGACAAGUUGAGCUGUCAGGAGAAGAAGUCACAGACAACGCUGGCCGAGACAAAUGCCGUGCUACAGCAGACGCAGCGCAAUUGGGAAGAGCUGCAACAGCAGUUGCACGACAAGGAUGUGGGAUGGACGCAACAAACAGGAAGCUGCACCGAGCUGAAGGAGCGUGAUCUGCGUGAUCGUCUGGCGUUGCUCCAGGAUGAGGUCAGUGCGAUGCACACUUCGUCGCAGCGUCGCAGUCCCAGCAACCACAGCAAUAGCAAUGGCAGCCACAGCACCAGUCUCAACGAUAGCAGCGGCGAGCUGUGCCGUCUGAUCAACGAUAUGGAGAGUUUGCGCUGUGUGCUGGAGCUGAAACAGGCCGAGAUCUCGACGCUCCAAGCAGAUCGCAGAGCUGCAGCCCUGAUAUGCGCACAUGCCCCAACGGAGGAAAAGGACGAUGCCACCAAGGACGCUUUCUAUGCGGAGCUCGACCGAGCUUAUGGCCGCUGUCCUUCCCAUGACAUUAAAAUUCUCCUCGGGGAUUUUAAUGCCAAGGUAGGACGAGAAGACAUCUUUGGUGCCACCGUCGGGCGAUUUAGUCUACAUGAGACCACCUCGAGCAAUGGUCUCAGAUUAAUAGGCUUUGCAGCUGCGUAUAAUAUGGUAGUUCGUAGUACCGGAUUCCGUCAUUUGGACAUCCAUAAGGCAUCUUGGCUCUCUCCCGAUCGACUGACCAGAAAUCAGGUCGAUCAUGUUGUGAUCGAUGCAAGGCACGCAUCUAACAUACUCGACGUACGAUCCUGUCGGGGUCCCAACAUCGACUCCGACCAUUAUCUUGUUGCAGCUAAGAUUCGCACACGGCUAUGUGUGGCGAAGAUUGCACGUCGAAGUGCGUUAAGAAGGCUGGACAUCGGAAAGCUGCAAUCACAACAGGCGCAGAAUGCAUUCUCCACUCACGUCUCGGGGCUAUUAAGCCGAGCACCUUCAAUACCUCAAGACAUAAGCGAUAUCUGCAAGGACGCCGCCUACAGAAGAACACUGCAGGCUGGGGCGACACGAGCUAUUGUGGACGUCUACAGGUUGAGAAGAAGAUACGAAAAACGCCUUUUCAGACGCAAGAAGAAAGAGCAGGAAAGGCGAGAGUGUGAGAGCAUAGAGAGCAGCAGAUGCAGAAAUGAAGCACGUAACUUCUACCAGAGGGUCAAGCGUCUGACCCAAGGAUUUAAGUCUGGUGCAGUGGCGUGCAGGGACGAUGAUGGAAACCUUGUCACAGAAGCAAAGGUCGUGCUGAGGUUAUGGAGGGAUCACUUUUCGAGUCUGUUAUCUGGCUCAAGCACAGACUCUGAAGAUUAUGAUCCACGAACCCCAAUCUAUGGCACUGAUAUUGAAGUGCCAAUCCCAAGUCAUAUCGAAGUCAAGGAUGCAAUCCAACGGCUUAAGAACAACAAGUCUGCAGGUGCUGACGGCCUGCCGGCAGAACUGUUUAAGACAGCUGGUGAUAUGUUGGUAGGGAGCAUGCACCAACUAAUCAGUAAGAUAUGGCUCACGGAGAGCAUGCCCGAAGAUUGGAAUCUCAGCAUGAUCUGUCCCAUCCUGAAGAAGGGUGAUGCCACGGUGCGCACCAACUACCGCGGAAUUAGUCUUCUUCCAGUUGCGUACAAGGUCCUAACGAGCGUAUUGUGUGAAAGACUGAAACCCCAUGCUGAAGCACUGAUUGGACCUUAUCAGUGUGGGUUCAGGCCUGGCAAGUCCACUGUUGACCAGAUUUUCACCUUGCGCCAAAUCCUGGAGAAGUCUUACGAAAACCAGAUCGACACGUACCAUCUCUUCGUCGACUACAAAGCUGCAUUUGAUAGCCCCGGCGAGAUCGCCUAUAUGCCGCCAUGUCUGAGCUUGGUAUACCAGCAAAGCUGA